GCACGCGUGGAACAACUCGACUGGCUGUGUGGAACAGAGACGGUGGGAGUUAGCUGUGUAAUGGCGGCCUCGGUAUUGCUGUCUACGGAGAGCCCGGGACCCACUUUUGCGGUCGGCAAUACCAGAGUGUCAGUAGCCCCCGGUAACGGACCAGGGGCAGUGGGACCCGCCUCUUGGAACCGUUCGCUGGACAGGGCUUUGGAUGAAGCUGCGGCCACCGGCUGCCUGAACCUCAGCGGCAGGAAACUGAAGGAGUUCCCGAGAAGCGCCGCCAACCACGAUCUCUCAGACACUACCCGGGCCGACCUGUCCCGGAACCGGCUGCCGGACCUCCCUGUGGAGGUGUGCAUGUUCGUGGCUCUGGAGAACCUCAACCUGUACCAGAACUGCCUGCGCUCCCUACCCGAGAGUCUGCUCAACCUGCAGGCCUUGACGUACCUCAACAUCAGUCGGAACCAGCUGACCACCCUUCCCGCCCCAGUCUGCAGUCUGCCUCUCAAGGUUCUGAUCGCCUGCAACAACAAGCUGGUGUCUCUGCCUGAGGAACUGGGCCAGCUGAGGCAGCUCACUGAGCUGGACGUGAGCUGCAAUGAAAUCCAGACGCUGCCUGCCCAGGUGGGCCGACUGGAGGUGCUGCGGGACCUCAACAUCCGCAGAAAUCACCUGGUGCGCCUGCCUUCAGAGCUGGCAGAACUCCCCCUGGUGCGUCUGGAUUUCUCCUGUAACAAGGUGACGUCCAUUCCAGUGUGUUACCGCAACCUGCGUCACCUUCAAAGCAUCGUAUUGGACAACAACCCCCUACAGAGCCCACCGGCACAGAUUUGUAUAAAGGGGAAGAUUCACAUAUUUAAGUAUCUGAAUAUGGAGGCAUGUAAGACUACGCCGGAACUGCCAGACUUUGACAGGAGACCACUGGCCUUCGGAUCCUGUGUGGAGGACUUGUAUCCUGGGCGCCCGUAUGGAGCUCUGGACUCUGGCUUUAACAGUGUGGACAGUGGGGACAAGAGGUGGUCAGGCAACGAGCCCUCAGAGGAACUGUGUGAGUUGCCGCUCCGCGUGGCGGAGAUCACCAAGGAGCAGCGGCAGAGGAGGGAGAGGGGGCGGGAGGAGCGAGUGGCAGCCCUCGUGGCCAAUGGCACGGCGGAGACGGACCUGGAGCAGAUCGACUUCAUCGACAGCUGUACGACCGAGGAGGAGGAGGAGGACGGGCGGGGCCGCGGGGCGGAGUCCGUCAGCCUCAGCUCCCAGUUCAUGGCCUACAUGGAGCGCCGCAUCACCAGAGAGACCUCCCCAGGGAAGUCCAACUCCCCAAGGGAUUCUCGAACAGAUGACCCACGGCGACACAAUGCUACAAACAACAGGAGUGUGGAUGGUGUAAGUGCAGCGCCCUCUACUUUAUAUACCCAGCGAGCGUUGGGCUCGGGUGUCGGGGUGGAGCGUGUGCGGAGGGAGGCUCAGCUCGCGGCCCAGCGGUACGAGGAGGAGAGGCACAGAGCGCGCCACACACAGCGAGAGGCCGUCAUCAACUAUGUCAAGCACAAAACAGCUCAGAGCCCCACCAAACUGAGUCCCACAGAGAGUGAGAGUGUGUACCCCUCCAGACGUUCCACUCACACUGAUGACUCCGCCCUCUUCAUGCAGGGUGAGGAACGCCCCCCUCUCUCUCCUACAGCCCUCCAAUCACCCUCCUACCCUGGCCCCAAUGCUAUGCCCUGUCGAGGGCCCGCCCAAAGACCUGACAGCCUCCUGUGUCGUCUCGGUCAGAGAGAGGAGAAGAAAAGAGGAGAUUUGGGGGCCCAGCAGCCGGAGUCAGAGGAGUCCGGCCCCCCUCAGCCUGAGGGCCCCGUGGGAGAGGACGCAAAGCUGGUGGAACAGCUACGCAAAAACAUCGAGUGCCGGCUGAAGGUAACACUACCCAGCGACCUGGGGGCGGCGCUGACGGAUGGGGUGGUGCUCUGCCACUUGGCCAAUCACGUGAGACCGCGAUCAGUACCCAGCAUCCACGUGCCCUCGCCUGCUGUGCCCAAACUGACGAUGGCCAAGUGCAGGCGGAAUGUGGAGAACUUCCUGGAGGCGUGUCGCAAGAUCGGGGUCCCACAGACCCAGCUGUGUCUGCCUCUCCACAUCCUGGAGGAGAGAGGCCUCCCCCAGGUGGCUGGGACAGUGAGUGCGUUGCUGGACCUGGCCCCCGCUAAACACUCCCCAUCCACUUCAAACACCAGCGGCACGUCAGCGGUCAUGUAGGACCGACCGACAGACGGACGGACGGACGGACGGAAAGACACACAGGAAGCCUGUGGUUCAACUCCAUUACCCAUCACGCCCUCCUCCAUCUCACACCUGAAAGAGACUGAAAACGACUGCCACAGACACUGCCCUAGCCCUGCCCCUGCGCUCCCCUCCCAAGUCACAGUGCUCUCUGAGAAAGCCACUGAGACUGGGGCACUAGGACCGCCACGCACGCUUGCCGGCCGAGACCUCCCAAAGCACAGGUGAGACAGACGGGGGAGGAGGAUGGAGGAGUGAGUGACUCACAGUGAGUAGUGCAUCCACAUCCAGAGUAGCCAUUCAGAAGAAACUGAGACAGACUGACUUACGGACACAUUAAGGCACGACCACUGCAGACAUGCCCCUAUUGAGAGAUAGGCUGGCGUUGGAGAUAGUUUUUAUCUUCUCUCCAACUCAUACUUUCAAAAACUACAUCUCCCUGCUAAAGCAGAUUUUUAUCCAUAGCAUAUUUCUGUACCCUACAAUUAUCAUGUAAUAAUUCCACAUUUUUAACGUCAAAGGGUGGAGUCGUGCUGUCUGCCAUUUGGACCUAUGCGACAGGCGUGUCACUUUAUCCCAAGGGGGUCACAUGACUCCAGUCGUCAGGGGCAGUUUUCUGCAGCUGGCCUGUUAAGUAUAGUUGUGUUGAUAAGAAAUGGUUGUGUAAUAAGUGAAAGAUUAGACUGACCCAAAGAUGCCCCUAAGAACCCUUGGGCUUGUGAAGAGUGGAGGUAGAGGGCGGGGCUGGGGGGGGGGGUGUCAGCUCUACGCCCGAGUCACGGCUCUAGGGAUCCAUUUUGUACAUAUUUGCAUGCAGAACUGCAUUUCGGGCAUUACUCUCCAGCCUCCACUCUCACAGCAUGUAGUAAAUCGGUUUUAUCUUUUUUUUUUUUAAACAUAAAUAACUGUUAAGCAGCCUGAAUUCAGCAUAUAAUGGAGAGAUGAGUAACACACUAAAGCGACAGUAUUAUAUGGGUAGAAAUAUGCUGUUUUAAAAGCUUCGUAGAACCCUGUGUACACUUUGCACAGACCUGCAGCACAGAGCCCUUGCAGUGAGAAUUUCAAUUGGUGAACCACAGCAACGCAGUAACACUGAGAAGAGUGGCUUUUUGUGCAGAAGAGAAUUGGCUUGUGGGGUGUAAAGUGUGUGUAGAAGCAGUCUGCUGAGCAGGUGUUCAUGUGUGGCCCAACACGCUCAUAGCAGGGCGGCACAGACCUCUUCAGAUACAGGAGUCACGCUCUGUAAAACAAGGGGCUGUUUGGCACAGGCGUUGUGAAAUUAGGGAGUGUAAAAUGGGUCAGCCCCCUGCAGGGGUGGGCUCAUUUCACAUUUUUUGUUGAAAGGCGUCCUUCAUCUGUACACCAACCUGUCGUUCCUCUUCCCUGGUUUCCACGGUGAAGCUGCAUGGCAGCACGUUUAAGCUGUUUUACACCGAGCUCAUUGUAUGGACAGGUCAGCACUUGGGAGUCUAUCUGUCAGUGAGUCUGAGUCAGUGCUUGUACUUAGUGAGUCUGAUUCAGUGCUUCUACUAAGUCAGAGUGAGUGUGAGUCAGUGCUUGUACGUAGUGAGUCUGAGUCAGCGCUUGUACUAAGUCAGAGUGAGUGUGAGUCAGUGCUUGUACCUAGUGUGUCUGAGUCAGUGCUUGUACUAAGUCAGAGUGAGUGAGUUAGUGCUUGUACGUAGUGAGUCUGAGUCAGCGCUUGUACUAAGUCAGAGUGAGUCUGAGUUAGUGCCGGUACUAAGUCAGCGUGAGUAUGAGUCGGUGCUUGUACUUAGUGAGUCUGAGUUAGUGCCGGUACUAAGUCAGCGUGAGUAUGAGUCGGUGCUUGUACUUAGUGAGUCUGAGUCAGUGCUUGUACUAAGUCAGAGUGAGUCUGAGUCAGUGCUUGUACUUAGUGAGUCUGAGUCAGUGCUUGUAAUAAGUUAGUGAGCCUGAGUUGCUGCUUGUACUAAGUCAGGAAGAGGCCUGCUUAUCAGAUUGGGUGUUGCUGGUAUUGGACAGAAAUCACUGGCCUACUUGUGAGUGUGCGAUUGGCUGUGAUUGGCAGUGAUUUCGGGGGGGGGGGGGGUUCUCAGCUCACACAUCUCCUGUGGUACUCAUAUGCUGGGCUCACCUGGGGAGUGGCCAAGAGUUUAAAAUACAGAAAAUAAAAUACAGAUGUAAACACGUUUUUUUUUACCAUUUUAACUUGCUUUUUUAUUGACCUUGUUCUUUGAAAAGGGAAGUUAAAGGUGAUUGAUUAAAUGGUUAUUUUAAUUCUGUAUAGAUUUCUCACGAUUAUCCUUUUUUUACGAGUAGGGUGGAUGCUCACAGCGAUCAUGUGACACUACAGCAGGGUUGUUCCCUGCAUGACUCUGUACAGUAAAUAAAUACAUUCCAUACGUUUAUAAGUAUGUAGCGCUUUCAGUUUACUCUGAAGGACUUCUUUCCUUUACAACAGCCAAACAUUUUUCCUUUUCCUUUUGUGUUUCCUAAUGAAAUACACGCUCCCUCACCCCACAAGCACUCUUUGGUUUUAAAUAACAGGAGGAAAAAAAAAAACUAAAGAAUGUUCUGGAAUGAACAUUUUAAUGUUAUUUUUAAAUGUAUCAAUAAAAGUUUCCCACUUCUGC